AUGUCCAAGCAGAUUAGUGACGAGGACUGGGCAAUAAUCUCUUCGUCUUCUGAUGUUGACGAAGAAUCAACUGCUUCUUCUUUAGCUGAAACAUCGCCAGAUGUCGGUGAUCCAGAUACCCCGGAUUCCAAAAUCGAUCUGAUGCCAGAUUCCUUGGGAGCAGAGGAUUCUAUAUCGACUAUUCGGCAAACCACCAGGGGUGACAAAGGACCGACAGAAGAAGGAAACAGCAAAGAAAUGACGCAAGACAGUACUCCUUUGGCUUCGGAAAGAACAAAACAGAAAUGUGGCGGGUGUGUUGUAUCUCGUAUUGACAGGCGCAUGAGAGACUGGUCCAGCCGAGGCUUUCAGAUUUUAUUUGCACAAAAAUUGGAGUCUAUGAGAUCCCAAUUGUCUGCUAAAGAUAUCCAGUCUGUGGGGUUGUUGCAACAUACCGUUUUCUCUCUCUAUUCCACUUUAGAACACAACCAAGAGGUUUUACUUUACUAUUUGACCGUGUUCAUAUCUGGUUUAAUUUUCUUUGUUGGACAGUACAUCUCAAGUGUGAUUGCUGCCACACCUACCCCGUAUAUUGAAAGGAAGGAUACCAGCGUCUUUAAUAUUUGGGCCAAAACCACCGAAAAGAAACGAUGGUUAAGUCAAACCUGGGUCAGUAACUGCAAGUCUCGCUCUUCACCGUCUCGACUUCCCAUAUCUCAUGGAGUGUUGGAAAAAUCUCCUUUCUUCAGCCAGUAUUUUCUGCGUACGAGGCAAGGGGCUCAAAGGAUAACGCAGAAGUACGCUUAUGUGGCUGACAAGAUGGGUCCAUUCUGGGUAGCUUGUCUGGAGAAAUGGCAGAGAUCUGCCCAGCCAAAAUUGCUGGUAUUUGUAUCUCUUUUCACGGAGGGAAUACUUACUGAUCUAAGACAUUUGAAGAAGGUGUCCAACAAUGCGAUUGACGAAGCUUCGGUAGUUUGGAACAGUCUGAUUAGUAAUGCUAGAUACUUGAUGCAAUGCACUUCUGCCCUGGCUACAGCCACACAGCAAAAGCUUUCCGUUUUCUUGAGUGACAAGAUCGCCCACUUCCAGUUGCAAAAUGAUCUGUUAGCAUCAGAUGUGAUCAAAACACUGCAGGAAACAACUAUUGUCAUCAAAGGAUUUUUGCAAUGCGUUUUCAAUGAGUCUAGACAGGUUGCUAUAAAGUCUAGGAAGGGGGUCGCUUUGUUAGUCGAGCGUGGUAAAGAUGUACUGACGAUCUACUUCAAGUCGGAGGUUCACCAGGCUGUACGCGACGCGAAGGAUCUCUUCAAUUCCCUCAGCCGCAAAACAUAUCGGAUUCUUUGGGCGGAAGGCUCCAAGUUUGCCGGUAGAGCAAGAUAA